AGUUUAUUUCAAACCAUGAGAAAGAAGGAGCUGUGCCUGUGUGGUGUCGGGCUUCUUGUUUGUCUCUGAAUGGCACUGGACGCGAGUGGCGGCGCUUCGGUGGAUCCGAGAGACGCCCCGUUUUUUACAGCCAAACGUGACCGUGGAGUGUUUUGGAUGUGCGGACAGGAGUUGGCAAAGUGCGCGUUAAGAUGUGCCAGACGUCGCGCUUUUUUUUAAUUGUGAAAAAGGGACGACACGGGAGCAAUUGAGCAGAAAACGUCGGCGCUUUCACAUGGAUCAUUUAUCCAAACGAAAUGUGUUAGAAGUGGAAUUCGACCCAUUUUCCACGUAAAAGACUGCGUCGAAGAAGCAGCAGCAUUCACGGUGAGACAUGGCACGUCGACUCGCCUGAACGUAUUUCCAGAAAGAAAAGAUGGAAAAAAGAUUCAUAUGACUAAAACAACCCGAUGACCUCAUGUGGAAUCGCCCAUAUUUCAGUAUUUUCCAGUUUGCAUCACUCCAAAACCAGCAGUCGCAGCGAUUUGGUAAAGCCGAUGAGUUUAGUCAUGGCUGAUCGUGGAUCGCAGCCCCCUCCACGGAGCUCGGGUCUGAGGGUGUCGACCAAAAGCAAAGCACCAACCCCACCAGGACUGAAAAGUCUGGACUCCCCGGGUCUCUGCCAGUGGUACCCAGGAACCCUUCAUUUAACCAUGGAGCAGAAGGAGAACCUCAUUGAUACAGACCUCUCUCUGGUUGUGGUUCUGCCUGGCGGAGUAGAAGAAAUGACCACAGUCCAUGGAAGCAAACCCCUGAUGGAUCUAUUGGUGACGCUUUGUGCAAAGUAUCACCUCAACCCAUCAAGCCACACCUUAGAGCUGGUCACCGCCAACAAGAACAAGACCAAACUCAAGCCCAACGCUCUCAUAGGGACACUGGAUGCAGAGAAGAUCAUACUUAGACCUAAAGGGGAGGACACGAAUAAGAAGACCGGUCCUCAGAUGCCCGAGGCAACGGUUCGGAUGGUGAUAAACUACAAACAGACCCAGAAGACGAUACUGCGAGUUAACCCUCGCAUUCCCCUGGCUGAACACCUACCAGCCAUCUGUGACAAAUGUGAAUUUGACAUUGAGACUACGGUUCUGUGGAGAGAUGUUCAGUCACUGGCCCCUUUGGACUUGUCCAGCUCUCUAAACGAUUAUGCAAUAAGGGAAGUUUAUGCAAGAGACACUAAAGGACAACGGUCCUUCCCAGUGUGUCCAGCCUCGCCGACGCAUGCAGGAGCAGUGAUGCCAGGCAAGGAUAAAAAUCAGAAAGAGAAAGAAAACAAAGGGCUCUUCAGCAAGUUCAGAAAAAGCAAGAAGAAAUACGACCAGGCAGCGACGGCCAGUGCCCCAGCGUCUCCCGUGCUAGUGAGCAAGCCUCGACCUCUCAGCAUGGCCUUGCCGAGCUCCAGUUCGUCCCCGUUCAGCUCCCCUACGCUGUCCACCGACGCGCCAAAGAAGAGACGCGCGCCCCCGCCGCCAAUCGUGGCGUCCCAGAGCUGCCCGUCCGACCCCAGCGCUCGCCGGAGGCUUAACUCUGAGCCUACUGCCCAACUUGACCGUGACCAGGUGGCGGGUUGGAGCCGCGGGUCCUCAGCGGAGUCUUCGUUAAAGAGAACCAAACGCAAGGCACCUCCGCCCCCGACAUCUCCUAGUGCUGUCGUCCAAGAAACGGUUCAUCUGGACGAAGAUGUUAACACACUGGAGGAGAUUAUGGAACAAGAGGAGACCACCGUUUCACUAAAGGCCCACGAUGCUCUGGGAGAGGACGGCAGCCUCAACACGUCUGCUGGUGUUCCGUUGCAUUCCCCUUCCCAAGACACGGAGAUACUGGCCACGGUGUCUAUGGAGAGAAAUGGGGAAGAUCAGUCUUGUGAUCUGUCCUCAGAUGGCGAUCAACUGCAGAGCACAGUGAAUGAUCCUUUGACUGGGAGUGAUGUGAGGACAGCUGAUGGCACUGAUUCACCUCGAGUGGGAGAUAGUGAUAGUGGUUCAGGUCCAGUUGGAAAUGCGAGCCAACAGCCGAUCUGUGAAGCGUCGACAACUCAAAGUGUCGCGGGUGACUGCAGCACCGUAGCCAGCGUCCUGCCUCCGCUUGUGAGGCAGGACGCAGAAGCGCCGGCGUGUCUCCACGCCGUAACCCACUGGGAGCAGACGGACGGGUCGGAGAGCCCGGGGGCCUCCGGCGCAUCGCGCCCCGCUGGAGAGCAUGCUGAAGUGCAAAUCGAUUCCCCACCACCACCACCUGUGCCCCCACAACAACACGUAAAACAGGCCUCAUCCCUCACCUCAGAGACCACAUCAUGCCAGGGCUCCGCGCCGAGUCCCCCCGCCGCAGCAAAGGCGCCAUCUAUUUACGCCACAAACUCCGAGCCAAAGCCCAAGCCUUCCAACGAGCUAACGAGGGACUACGUUCCCAAGGUGGGGAUGACGACGUACACCAUCGUGCCUCAGAAGUCUCUCGAGAAGCUGAGAUACUUUGAAGUUGCCUUGACGUUGGAGCCGCCUCCCGAAGCUGCAGAAGGGGGACUGCACCUCGGGUCCCUUCAGCUGGAGGAGAGCACAGCGCCGAGGGAACAGACGGAAGUCUCACAGGAAAAAAGUGAGCUGCCAUCGACUACACCCAGGGAAGAGUUACUGACUAGCACCGCUGCUACCCAAGACACUAUUAAUGGAAGUAUACACGAAUCCAUUCAUUCCUCGUCACCAACAACACUACUGCAAACAGAUGACAGGAUAUCACCGUCUGCCAAUGGGGCUCCUCAAGCAGGUUCACCGGCAGAAGUCAAAGAGAUGAAAAUUCCACCUGCAACUAAACCUAAACCCGGUUCUUUCCGCUUGGCGCAGCAGAAAAAACCACCUGGGUAUUAUGUAACCUCAGCGGCAGAAAAGAAUGUCGGCGCCACUCCUCGGCCCGGCCAGAAGGAGUCUCAAAGAAGUGCAGAGAGAGCAAAGUUGCCACCCCCUCCGUUUCCACCUCCCGUGCAGGGUCGAGAGGAGACAACGGGGGCCGCUGAUGUUGACCUGAGCCCGAAGGGGAACGAUAAGAACGCAGCCACCGUGCGAAUGAUCAGGCAGAGCAGUUUGCCGUCUAAAGAACCGAGCGUAGGGUUAAGCUUGGAGAAAUUAAGGAGCUUUGCAGCCCCGAGGCCGUAUUCCCCUUCAACCCCAUCCCGCUUCGCCCAGGCGGUGUCCUCGGCAGUGAGGAGGAGCCAGUCCUCAUCCCGCGGGCCAACGUCGCCCAACCUGCCUGUUUCACCACCCUUCUCCCCGAGCACGAGUCGCUCAUCGGUCGUAGGGUCGGAAGGACUAUCUCAGUUCGAGGGGGGCAAAAAGAAAGUGGUGGAUGCUGGCAAAGGCUCCACUCCGCAGCUGGUCGAGGUGGAGCCGGCCUCUUUUAUUGGGAUUGCUCAUAUAGAAGGAAAGAGCAGUCCAUAGCAGUGCCUUAAUUCUUCUGACAAUAUAUCACCUGCUGAGGAACUCAUCCCGUCUGCUUUGAGUUUUCCAGAAACCUUCAAUCCAUGACACAGAAGUUGGGACUGUCUUGUACCUUUUUUGGUAGUCCCCAACAGUUUAAAUUAUGUAUUUUGAUCAUUAACAAUUAGAUUUUGGGUUAAUAUCCCUUGCUCUGACUUGCAUAUUUGAAUGCUUCAGUUUUAUUGUGUGUUUAUUAAAUGAGAACAAUUCUAUAAAUUAUUAGGGAAUCUAUUAUCUAAAUAAUACUGGAUUCAUAAGAUAGACCAUGUCCAACCGGUGGUACUUAAAUGCUUCUUAGACCAUAUAUAAAAUCUGUAUUUAAGUUUUAGGCGUUUUUGAUUAAGCUAUAUCCAGAAAAACACUGAUGUGCACAGCACACAUUCUGUCAAGUGUUGAUGUGAAUAAAGCUUUUAUCAUU